GAAGUUUAAUUGCCUGUUAAGUUUUACCGAGCGACUUGCUGUGUGUGGUGUUCGCUUGUUUGGCUUUGAGACGCCCCCUGAAGGAUCAGAGCCGUGUUGGUUUCUCAUUCCGUGACAGACAGCCGGGCCGUUGAGAAGGAAGGCUACCAGUACGCAGGAAAUUACCGUGCCCCCUCCCCGAGUUUGCAGUGUCGUGUCCCAGGCAGGCAAGUUUGGAACGUGUAUCCUCACGGAGAUUUUAUCAGUCUCAAAGCGGAGUGGAAUUUCAAAAAAUAAAAAAGUUGCGGUUUUCUCUCGUUCAUCACUUUGUGAAUUUUGCUAAAUAGAGCGUUUUCAGGAUUAACAAAACUUAUGAAAAAGUGAGAAACGCUAGAGAAAGCAGCCAUAUUCUUAUAGCAUCGGAAGUACUUAUAUAAACGUUAAACAUGGAAUCCUUUGUAAAUAUUUUGUGUUUGGUUGUGAUCCUGUGUGCACUGUCUUUUUGCGAGGGGGCUUACGGGGGUUGUAAGGAGGCUGGCUUUUGUUGCGACGGAAAAAACAUCACAUGUCACGUCGUUAUGGGCAACCCACGGUUUCCAAGGAGAUGUUACUGUGACAGUUACUGCCAGGAAACCAAUGACUGUUGUCCUGACUACACAUCCCAUUGUAAAGACGGCAAGGAUAAAGUUCCAGUGAAUUGUGAAGUAGGAUUAUGGGGAAAGUGGAGUGAAUGUGAAUCUCCUUGUGGGCUGGGACGUACAGAACGCAGCCGCCAAAUCCUCGUCACUCCAAAAAAUGGUGGUAAAAUUUGUCCAAAACUCCGACAAAAACGGAGAUGUAUGGGAAAGCGGUGCUGGGAAGUUCAAGACGUGACAUAUCAAGGACAGGAAUUACAAGAAAUAGGAAAAAUUCUCCCAGCUGAGUUUGGAAUUUUCAGGACCGACAAACAGUAUGACCCAAAUCAGGACAUCAGGAAAAAUCUCUUUUCUAGAGUCAGUAAUGAGGUUCCUGUCCGACCAGCUUACUGCAGCCAUUACAAGAUUGUGGAGUCGAACCGUCACUGUAACACAACCGACUUUGGUAAAACAUGGGCCAACAAACUUCAGCCAGGAAACAAAGUGUGUGUGGAGUGUCAACCCUUCGCCAUGGACAAAGAGGCAGGUCUGCGUUGUAAAGGACAUGGAGUGUACCGUCGACCAACUCACUGGAAGGCCCUGGACGUACAUCAUUGUCAUGGCAAAUGGAUAAUGGAAGAAAUUCAUAGUCCCUGUACUUGUAAUGUUUACGGGGACAGCGAUUUCAUCCUUGUCUAACUCCAGGAUUGGGCCUAUUCCAAUCGUUUUUAUUGCCUGUAAAUCUCUCACAUAUGAUUGUGAUAUUAAAUUUCUGAGUUGAUAUGACUGACUCCAAACAUGACCAUAUUUGGAACAUUGUAUGAAAAGCCAUAUAAAUUAUAUAUAUACUGUUUAGGUGAGACUUUACAAGUUGUCUCUCCUGCUGUAGAAAUGUCUGGUACUGUAGACUCUUUACAAGUUGACAGAUUUGUUUCUCCUGCUGUAGAAAUGUCUGGUACUGUAGACUCUUUACAAGUUGACAGAUCUGUUUCUCCUGCUGUAGAAAUGUCUGGUACUGUAAACUCUUUACAAGUUGACAUAUCUGUUUCUCCUGCUGUAGAAAUGUCUGGUACUGUAGACUCUUUACAAGUUGACAGAUUUGUUUCUCCUGCUGUAGAAAUGUCUGGUACUGUAGACUCUUUACAAGUUGACAGAUCUGUUUCUCCUGCUGUAGAAAUGUCUGGUACUGUAGACUCUUUACAAGUUGACAGAUUUGUUUCUCCUGCUGUAGAAAUGUCUGGUACUGUAGACUCUUUACAAGUUGACAGAUCUGUUUCUCCUGCUGUAGAAAUGUCUGGUACUGUAGACUCUUUACAAGUUGACAGAUUUGUUUCUCCUGCUGUAGAAAUGUCUGGUACUGUAAACUCUUUACAAGUUGACAUAUCUGUUUCUCCUGCUGUAGAAAUGUCUGGUACUGUAGACUCUUUACAAGUUGACAGAUCUGUUUCUCCUGCUGUAGAAAUGUCUGGUACUGUAGACUCUUUACAAGUUGACAGAUCUGUUUCUCCUGCUGUAGAAAUGUCUGGUACUGUAGACAUUUCACAAGUUGACAGAUCUGUUUCUCCUGCUGUAGAAAUGUCUGGUACUGUAGACAUUUCACAAAUUGACAGAUCUGUUUCUCCUGCUUUAGAAAUGUCUGGUACUGUAGACUCUUUACAAGUUGACAGAUCUGUUUCUCCUGCUGUAGAAAUGUCUGGUACUGUAGACACUCUACAGGAUUGACAAGUUUGGUUCUAUUGCCACAGAGAGUGAUAGGUUAACAGAUCUGGUUCAUGCCAUGUAGCACCAGUAAAUGUAAGACUUAAAGCAUUGUUGAUAUUAGGCUCCAGACAAUGGAAUGUGAGGCACGCCUGGCAGCCUCAGGGGAUAAUUACAUAAAUACAGCAUCUCCUUCCCACCCAAAAGUCAUAGGUGAAAGUUUAGCUAGAAACAGAUUGUAUCAGUAUAACACACUAGCGAGGAUCAUUCAUUAACUUAAACUUCAGUCAGGGAUAUGAUAUGGAAUCAUGUUUUAUAUUUGUUAAAGAAAAAAAAAAAAAUGGAAAGCAUCACUUGGUCAACGGUCAACCUAGAUAUGGAAAAUUGAAAUCUGUUUACAGAGUUUUAAAAUAAUCAAAUUGAAAACUGAUAUAAUUAAACAAAAGUUUUACUAGAAAUUAGUGUGAACAGGUGAGUCCCAGGUGCUGAUUCUGGCUCUCCUCAGUAACAUCAGGUUUCACAGUCUUGGCAGCAGUGCUACUAUUCGGAAGUGUAACAUUUCCCAGUCUGCAGAUUUUCUCUCAAAUUUGGUUUCAUUUCCUUUCAUAAUUGGCUUUGGUAUCAUUUCACUAUGUGGUAACAUUACUGUCCUGGUCGUCGUCAUGGUUACCUAACCCAAUUACACAUGACUUAAGUAUUAAUUUCUGCGGGAACAAAGUCUUAUUUCACCUGUAAGGCAGGAAGGGAAAUAACUCUUGCUUACAUCUCGCCCAUUUUUUUUGUUUUUUACACAGUUCUUGUUUAUGAUAUCAUUUUAAAAUCAGGUAAAACAGUUAUACAAGAAUUAAAAAGUGUGCAUUUAAAUGAUUGCAAAAACAACGAUUGAGCUUUGGCUUUUAAUGAGUUAUCCCCCCUGUCCAUAGUGGUAUGGCUACCUCGCGAUUUAGGCCAGUAGGUACAGUACAGUAUCAUAUAUAGAACGUUUAUAUAUAUAUAAAAACAGACACAAAUUUAUAUAUAUGUGUGUGUAAAGUUUGCAGAAACAGUGUUUUUAUACAUAUUUUACUAAAGGAAACUUUUAUAGAUAGUAGAUCAAUAUUAGACUGCAAAGCAUUGCAGUAUGUAAGUUUGAAAUAUGUGAAAUUUGACGUAGAAUUUCAAAAUCAAAAUGAUAUAGAGUUUAUAGUGGAAUUUUUAACAUGCUUACAUUGUUUAUAUUUGAUUUUUAACAUUGAUUUAUCAUAACAUCAUUUGAUAAAAUCAUUUAUAUACAUUUUUUUUAGCAUAUAUAUACCUAAAACGAAAGUAGAUUUGUAGAUUUGUCUCGUGUUGUCCCGAUAUUUUGUAAGGACAAACGUUCACCAAUAACCAUAUAUAACCCUCUACAUAGGGUGAGUUUUUAUAAAGGUCACCUUGAAGCUAUUUUUGUUAAUAUUUUCUGUGCAUGAAAACCAUUGUUAUUUAUUGUAAAUAAUCCCCACUGCUAAUGGUAGAUUUGAUGUAGUGUGUAUUAUGUGUCUGAUAAAUAGAAGGAAUUUGUUUCUACCCUACAGAAGGAUCUUAUGUUGACACUCAUUCAUUAUUCUAUAUAUGUUGUCACGAUAAAUGCAGAUUUAAAAAAAUAAAUAAAGGAAGCUGAUCAGGUGAGGAUGACAGUUUAGGUAAGUUAAGGGUUGUACGUUUAUAAUCAACACUUAAAUUAAGUUUUUUUUAAAGAAGUUUUGUGUGAAAACACUUUUUUCAGAUCCUGAUUUAUAAGAAAGAAACCAAAUUAAAAAUGGAAUAUCGGGUAUCGGUUUAGAGCAAUUUAUACAUAAAUCAUGGGAUAUAAGUAACUAUUAUAUUUAAACUACCAGUAGCUAUUUCCGUUCUAACUUUGACUUCCAUUGCACUACAAGCAAACUAAUUCCCUACAUGGAGUCGCACAGCUUCACUUUAGAACUGAAGGUUGAGUGUUUUUCUUCACAUAUUAUAAUACUGGAAAAAUGUCAAAACUGACAGAAUUUGACUAGAGUUUUUUUAAUCCAGUUUAAGUCUAGUUUCAAGCCACUGUUUUUAAUAUUGUUUUUGUACAAAUGUUGUGUGGUGUCAAUUGAUAUUUUAUGAAAUUCAGUUUUUUGGGAGGGUCACUUUUAAGAGAUUUAAAGCUGGUGAUAAAACACUCUCUCAUUAUGAUGUAAAUCAAGUUUGGAUGAUUUAGAAUAGCGACUAAAGUGACGCUUGUAGUUUUAAAUUUCCUGGCUCAUACAUGUUUAUUGUGUCAAGUCAUGUGCUAUUUCACAAAAAAAAUCCAAGUCAUGUUAUGUUUCACACAUCAACACCAAGUCACGUGAUAUUACACACACAUCAAUACCAAGUCACGUGAUGUUAUACACAACAACACAAAGUCACGUGAUGUUACACACAUCAACAAAAAGUCACGUGAUGUUACACACAUCAACAACAAGUCACGUGAUGUUACACACAUCAACAACAAGUGACGUUAUGUUACACACAUCAACAACAAGUCAUGCUACAGCAUUGUUGAGUAUACUCUGGCUUAAUGUUCAGUUUAACAGUGAAUAGAAAUAUAUUUCUCAGCGAAACCGUUUUUGGGGUUAAUUUUAAAUGUGUGUGAACUUGUGUUGAAAUUAAUAUUUAAGCUUAUGCAUGCAAUACUGAGGACAUAUAAGAAUUAUCAGAAGUGUUUAUACUGACUUUUUUAUUCAGUUUUAAGAUUUUGUGACCAAUUUUAACACGUAAAAAUCUCUGGAACAUUUUCACUACACCUGGUCCGCAAAUCGUUUGUGAUGAUCCUGUCAUUGUAUUAAGUUUGCCACUCUGUGGCCACUCAAAUGAUAGGUCUAGUAAAGCCACUAGUGUUGGACGUCCAGUGUAUCGGUUCACCAUCAACUCUGGCUAGUAGCUUCAGUACCACGUGUCCAUUUUGUACGGCUGUAAGGGGAUUUUUCUGUAUUAAAACCAUAAAUAUAAUCGAACAAA